UCUGACCCCUCCCCAAACCCUCAAACCCUCCUACCCACCUCGACAUACAAACUCUGUGAGGCUUCACGUGUUCUGUUGAUGUUUAGCCUCGAGGCAGACUAACUCCACCCUGACAUCAAGAAGAUGGAGGAAGAGGAUGGAGCAGGAUCUGCAGCAUCCAGCUGUGUGUCUGUGAGGAGUGACCGGUCCAAAGGAGAACCUCGACAGUUCAGUAAUGAACCUGCAGCAACAAUAGCUUCUGCACAGUGUGGAGAAAGAUCCAGAAGCAGAGCUGGACUGCAGACAGCCAGUCAGAGCAGCUGUGUACAAACAGAUGUUGGUCUGCAGGAGGUUUUAGAUGAACAUAAGAUCAGUCUGAGGAGGAGAUGUGAACGUGUGACUGAAGGAAGUGAUGAAACAGGAAGUAGAACCCUCCUCAACACCAUCUACACUGAGCUCUACAUCACAGAGGGACAGAGUGAAGAGGUUCAUACCCAACAUGAGGUGAGGCAGCUGGAGACAGCUUCCAAGAUGGACGCCCUCCAUGACGCUCCAAUCAGGUGCCAGGACAUCUUUAAAGCCUUACCUGACCAACAGAGACCCAUCAGAGUGGUUCUGACCAACGGCGUGGCUGGUGUUGGAAAAACCUUCUCAGUGCAGAAGUUCACUCUGGACUGGGCAGAGGGCUUGGAGAACCAACAUGUCAGUGUGGUGGUUCUGCUUUCAUUCAGGGAGCUGAACCUGAUCAGAGAUGAGCAGUACAGUCUUCUGGAGCUGCUCCAUGUUUUCCAUCCAACAUUACAGAAGGUCACAGCAGAGAAGCUGGCUGUCUCUCAGCUUUUGUUCAUCUUUGACGGCCUGGAUGAAAGCAGACUUUCAUUGGAUUUCACCAACAGGAAGCUGCUGUCUGAUGUCACACAGAAGUCAUCAGUCAGCCAGCUGCUGACAAACCUCAUCCAGGGGAAUCUGCUUCCCUUGGCUCUCGUCUGGAUAACUUCCCGACCCGCAGCAGCCAAUCAGAUCCCUCCUACAUGUGUUGACAGGCUAACAGAAGUACGAGGCUUCACUGACGCCCAGAAGGAGGAGUACUUCAGGAGGAGAUUCAGUGAUGAAGAGCUGUCCAGCAGAAUCAUCUCCCGCAUGAAGACAUCCAGGAGCCUCCACAUCAUGUGUAGUAUCCCAGUCUUCUGCUGGAUCACUGCUACAGUUCUGGAGCACAUGUUGACUACAGAGCAGAGAGGAGAGCUGCCCAAGACCCUGACUGACAUGUACUCACACUUCCUGCUGGUUCAGACAAAGAGGAAGAAGAACAAGUACCAUGAGGGACAUGAGACGAGUCCACAGGAGCUGACGGAGGCUGACAGGGAAGUUCUUCUGAAGCUGGGGAGGCUGGCGUUUGAACAUCUGGAGAAAGGAAACAUCAUGUUCUACCAAGAAGACCUGGAGCAGUGUGGUCUGGAUGUGACAGAGGCCUCGGUGUACUCAGGAGUUUGUACAGAGAUCUUCAAAAGAGAGUGUGUGAUCUUCCAGGAACCAGUCUACUGCUUUGUUCAUCUGAGCAUUCAGGAGUUUCUGGCUGCAGUCUACAUGUUCCACUGUCACACCAACAGGAAGACAAAGGUGCUGAAGAACUUCCUUAAACCAAAAUCUUUAAUUAAGAUGAUUUCCAGUCUUUUUGAUAACAAAGAUCUCCAAUCACUUGAUGUAUUUCUGAGGAGAGCCAUGGAGAAAUCCCUCCAGAGUAAAAAUGUCCACCUGGACCUGUUUGUUCGCUUCCUUCAUGGCCUCUGUCUGGAGUCCAACCAGAGACUCUUAGUAGGUCUGCUGGGUCAGACAGAGACCAGUCCAGAAACCAUCCAGAGAGUCAUCAACAACCUGAAGAAGAUGAACAGUGAUAAAAUCUCUCCUGACAGAAGCAUCAACAUCUUCCACUGUCUGAUGGAGAUGAACCACCUCUCAUUAUUUCAGGAGAUCCAAGAGUUCCUGAAGUCAGAGAACAGAUCAGAGAAGGAACUCUCUGAGAUCCAGUGCUCAGCUCUGGCCUUCAUGCUGCAGAUGUCAGAGGAGGUUCUUGAUGAGUUUAACCUGCUUAAGUACAAAACAUCAGAGCGGGGACGACUGAGACUGAUUCCAGCUGUGAGGAACUGCAGAAAGGCUCGAUUGAGCGACUGUGAUUUGUCAAAGUUCAGCUGUGAUUAUCUGGCAGCAGCACUGAAGUCCAACCCCUCCCAUCUGAGAGAGCUGGACCUGAGCUCCAACAACAAGCUGCAGGAUUCAGGAGUGAAGCAUCUGUGUGGUUUCCUGGAGAGUCCAGGAUGUAAACUUGAAGCUCUGAGAUUGUGGGACUGUGGUUUGUCAGAGAUCAGCUGUGAUUAUCUGGCAGCAGCACUGAACUCCAACCCCUCCCAUCUGAGACAGCUGGACCUGAGCUACAAAAACUUCCUGCAGGAUUCAGGAGUGAUGCAUCUGUGUGGUUUCCUGGGGAAUCCAGGAUGUGGACUUGAAACUCUGGGAUUGAGGUACUGUGGUUUGUCAGAGAUCAGCUGUGAUUAUCUGGCAGUAACGCUGAACUCCAUCCCCUCCCAUCUGAGAGAGCUGGACCUGAGCUACAACAACCUGCAGGAUUCAGGAGUGAUGUGUCUGUGUGGUAUCCUGGAGAUUCCAGGAUGUGGACUUGAAACUCUGAGAUUGGGGGGCUGUGGUUUGUCAGAGAUCAGCUGUGAUUAUCUGGCAGCAGCACUGAACUCCAACCCCUCCCAUCUGAGAGAGCUGGACCUGUGGGGAAACAACCUGAAGGAUCCAGAUGUGAAGCAGCUGUCUGAUCUUCAGCAGAGUCCAGACUACAGACUGGAGACUCUGGAGUGGAGGUGAUGAUGGUAAACAGGACGGUGUGUGUGCUGAGAGAGGAGGAGCUGUGUCCUGAUGAUCCAGAGAGGUUGAAGCAGCAGCAGCUUGUGUGUAGAGACGCUCUGACUCGGCCAUGUUACUGGGAGGUGGAGAGGAGAGCUUCAUCCAGCAGUGACUGACAGAGGAAUGAAGUGCAGAUGACUGUCAGUGCUGCAGAGUGAACUGCUCUGAGAACAGCUCCACUGUCAGACACAAUGUAGAGUCCAGCAUCAUCCCUGUGUGUCCCUCUGGAUCUGACAGAGGAUCAUCAGUGUAUCUGGACUGCUCUGCUGCUGCUCUGUCCUUCUACAGUCUCUGCACAGUCUCUGUCUGACUCUGGCUUCAGACCCUCCUGGAUCAAACUCACCUGGAAAGACUUUCAAACAUCACUCAAUAGAUUUGAAUACAGAAUAGAUUUGAUAUAUACUGUAGAUGUACUGUAGAGUUGCAGUUUGUCACUUGUAAAUACAGUCUGUGAGCAGCUAUGAGCUGAAAGAUCUUUCUAGAAACACCAAAUGUUUUCACUCUUCUGUUGCUUUUUCAUAUAUUUCCACAACAUUAAUAUUGAUCCCACCUGUCUCACCUGUUUCAUGCUUUUAUACAUAAUAACAGGACACGUGUGAUCUGAGCGCUGCUGUGGUUGCUGUGCUGCACGUCUUCAUUUAGAUAACAGAGACAUCUAGUGGUUCAGAGGGAGAACUGCAGGAGGUGGAGCUGUGUUUUAGCAUGGAAAACUUUUUAUCUUUUAGGCGCAGAUACAAAUAUGACAAGUAUCAGUGUGAGAUACAAAAGGUCACAUCAGUCAGCAGAGGGAACAGUGAUCACACAGCAAUGUAAGAAUAGAAACAUAACAGUGAAUCUGGACAUGUGUACAGAUGGAAGCAAACAAACAGGAUGUAACACUACAUUAAAGCCACAAAUGGGAAGAAAACAAAGCCAAAGGAAAAUAUAUUUGAUCUCAGGAAUCCAAAUCAGAUGCUUUAGAGCAGGGGUCGGCAACCCUGGGCACGCGUGUCACAGCUGGCAAGCGAAGGGUUAACUGAUGGCACGACCAUAGCUGGACUGGCCAUCGAGCAUACUGAUGGUGAUUUUUAGUUUUUAUAGGCUGAUGAUGUUUUUUGUAACGGUAUAAACAGUGGAAGGUGGUGGAUUGGCCGGAUGCUGGUCGAUGUGUAAAAAUAAGUCAGUUGUUUGUUGGUGGCUAUGGCGGAGCUUCCACAGAGGCAGCAGGUGGAUGAGGGAAAGUGGAGGCAGGAGGGAAAAGGGUCUGGCUGCAGCCACUGGGGAGCGCCAUAUUGGGACCUCCACAGUAGCCGGAAACAUGUGACCUCCACAGUAGGCAGAGAUACGUUCCUGCAUGGAUCAUCGACUUUUUUUUUUUUUUAAAGAACUUUAUUUAACAAACAAUGAGUAUACAACAUACGAACAGAUGAAGUAUACAAAAGAACAGAACAUGAACACACAAAACCAGGGGUAAAAAGAAAAAAGUAAUAAUUAUAUGAAUACUCACAAAAAUUCACAGAUAUAUAUUGUUUUGAGAGCCUUUUUGUUGGUGGAGCUGAUAUCGAUUGUAUGUACAAUUCCACAUCCUUAAAAAAAUGACAGAAAUAUGGUGUUUUAUUAGUAAACUUACAUUUAUGGAUAAAACAUUUAGCUAAAAGUAUUAACAAAUGUAUUAUAAAACCAUUUAUCAUUCUUCUUGGGGAACUUAAAGAAACAGAGUAAAACAUUUUCCCAUCGUAAAGAAAACUCUCUUAAAAUCUUGACAAUAACAAAACUGCUAAAUUCCUUCCAGAAUCUCUGUGUAGAAGCACAGAACCAAAAAAGAUGAGUCACAGUUUCUGGAUGAUCCCCACAGAAAGUGCAAUUAGUAUUUAUGUCUCUGAAAUUUUACCAUGUAGUGACUGGCUGGAUAACAUUUAUGUAGAAUUUUAAAUGAUGCUUCCUUCACCUUAUUUACAAUCAAAUAUUUAUGGGGGAUCAUCCAGACUGUCUUCCACUUGAUAUCUGGAACAUAUCGGUUACAGUAAGAUAUUAUAUAAGGGAGAGAGACGAUAUCUUCUUGGAAUAAACUACGUAUUCUCUUAUUGCUGUUACCAAGUUCCUGUGAAAAGCAGAUUUUUCCUACUGCUGACUCAGCUGGAUCAGGGAGAGUGACUGAGGUAGAUAUCAAGCUGUCAGUGUUUUUAUAUAACAUUAAAGUCCCUGAGGGUAUGGCACCAAGCACCACUGAGAAUUCCUGAACACUGAUUGGAAAAUUAUAUAGUGCAAAAAAGUCGUUGUAAGUAAGUAGUUGUCCCUCUUUAUUAACCAGCUGAGCCACCAAUAGGAUCCCAUUUUGGACCCAAGUUUCCAGGAAAAGUGAUUUAUUUUUAAAUAAAAUAUCUCUGUUGUUCCAGAUGAGGUAUUUGUGUGGUGAGACGUUGUGUUUAUAAAUGAGGGUCCACACUAAGAGGACUUGCUUAUGGAAGGAUGAAGGUUUUACAGGGAGUUUCUCAACAUUGUAAUUACAAUUUAAAAUAAAAUUAAAGCCAUGCAUGGAUCAUCGACUGUGGAAACCUUGCAAGUGGAUCGUAAAGGUUGGGACAGAGUCUUUCGUGUCUAAAUUUGACGUUAAUAAUUAUAUAAUUGUAGGAAUCAUCUAGUUUGCUUACACUGAUUACGUUGGCACUUUGUUAGCGCUACAGCAGGUCCGACCCUCGAGGUAUCUAAACUUUAGUAAGAAUGUGCACUUUUGACACCUCUGGUUAGCAUUUAGUGGUCAGUUUCAAACGUAUUUGAUUUUUGCUUGUUAUGAACAAAUUCACUUCACUACUUUUCACGAUCUGUAACAUCAAUGCACAUUGUUCCAUUUACUGCAUAUUGCACUUUAUUCAUGUCUCUCAUUCCACCUGCAAAAACAUUAUAAAGGUCGUCACAGAGUUUUAUAUAUGUAUAAAUACUAAUAUUCUCUAUUCCAUUGUUUUAUUGCCCAGAUCUUAGUUAGCCUUUGUUCAAUUGUC